AUGGCGUCGACCUUGACGUACCGACAUGUGGCCCAUGUUUUCAAGCGGCAACUUCGUGCUCUUCGAAAAUGUUCGCUGCCUUUUACUGCCAAACUUUAUUCUACUAGUAUCUCUGGAUCUCCUCCUACCUCCAAAUCUGUUUGUUUAUUCUCUGGAAUCCAACCAACAUCAAAUUGCCCCCACUUGGGUAACUACCUUGGUGCUAUCAAACAAUGGGUGAGCCUCCAAGAAAAAUAUUCCUCUGUUAUAUUCAGCCUAGUUGACCUCCAUUCCAUUACUUUACCUUAUUCUCCAGAACAACUUCGGAACAAUUUGCUCGAUAUGACUGCAUGUUUGUUGGCAUGUGGGAUAAAUCCUGAUAAGUGUAUAUUAUUUCAACAAUCUCAAAUUCCACAGCAUUCAGAAUUAGCCUGGAUCCUUGGAUGUCACUGUUCAUUACUUCGGUUGAAACAUCUUCCUCAGUGGAAAGAGAAGUCAAAAAUUUUUAAAGAUGCUUCAGUUGGACUUUUCUCCUAUCCAAUCCUUCAGGCUGCUGAUAUUCUGCUUUAUAGAUCCAAUCUGGUUCCAGUUGGAGAAGACCAAGUGAUACAAAUUGAACUUGCCCGGGAUAUUGCACAUCACUUCAACCAAAAAUAUGGAAAAUUAUUUGAGAAGCCAGAUAUUCUUAAAGGUGAUUUUGCCAAAGUUCUGAGUCUUCGGGAACCAACUGUAAAAAUGAGCAAAUCUGCAAUAAACCCUCUCAGUCGGAUUGAUUUGAUAGACAGUGCUGAAGAUAUACAACUGAAAAUCAAAAAAGCCCAAACUGACUGUACCUCUGCCCUAACCUAUGAGCCUGAAAGUCGACCAGGUGUGACCAACCUGAUUAACAUUCACUGCGCCAUAUCUGGUCUUCAGCCGGAACAGAUUUGCAAAGAGCACGCAAAUCUCGAUACAGGGCGCUAUAAGAUUUUCCUAGCAGAUGUUCUUAUUGAAUUCUUAUCUCCAAUUCAAGCUGAGAUUAAACGGUUGCAGGCAGACAAGGGUUACCUUGUCAAUGUUCUCGAGGCCGGCCGCCAAAAAGCAGCACCAAUUGCAGAAGCAACAAUGAAGGAACUCACAUUUGUCUAUCUAUCUAUCUAUCUAUCUAUCUAUCUAUCUAUCUAUCUAUCUAUCUAUCUUAAUCACCUCACAUUUGUCUAUCUAUCUAUCUAUCUAUCUAUCUAUCUUAGUCUAUUCAUCUCUCCAUCUAUCUUAAUCAGCUCACAUUUGUUUGUCUAUCUAUCUAUCUAUCUUAGUCUAUUCAUCUCUCCAUCUAUCUUAAUUACCUCACAUUUGUUUGUCUAUCUAUCUAUCUAUCUAUCUAUCUAUCUAUCUUAA